GCUUGAAAGUGGGGGAAAGUGCCGGCGCCUCCGCCAACCGGGAAAGCCGCUCGCCAGUGCCGAAGCCAGCAGCCGCCGAGGACACCUGCUCGAAGCUGGAGCGAGCGCCCAGACGCGACCCGUGACAUGAGGCUGUGACCGCCGCCGCCCUCCACGCCACUCUGGGCAGUGCAGUGCCAGGCCGGAGAGCGUCGGAGGACUUGACCCCGAGAAGUCUUGGUUGAUCUGUAUCGGACUCGACCCUACCGAAGACCACAGACCAGGGAGGCUGAGAGCCACAGCAGCGGGGACCGAGAGGCCCUAAGGGCCCAGGGGCCCCAAGGAGGACGAGGCGGCCCGAGCCGCCGGGGCGCGCGGCUAUGAUGGUGCACUGUGCCGGCUGUGAGCGGCCCAUCCUCGACCGCUUUCUGCUGAACGUGCUGGACCGCGCGUGGCAUAUCAAAUGUGUUCAAUGCUGCGAGUGCAAAACCAACCUCUCGGAGAAGUGUUUCUCCCGGGAGGGCAAGCUGUACUGUAAAAACGACUUCUUCAGGCGCUUUGGCACAAAGUGCGCCGGCUGUGCGCAAGGUAUCUCUCCCAGCGACCUGGUGCGCAAGGCCCGGAGCAAAGUCUUCCACCUCAACUGCUUCACCUGCAUGGUGUGCAACAAGCAACUGUCCACCGGAGAAGAACUCUACGUGAUCGACGAGAACAAGUUUGUGUGCAAGGACGACUACUUAAGCUCCUCUAGUCUCAAAGAGGGAAGCCUCAACUCAGUGUCAUCCUGUACGGACCGCAGUUUGUCGCCGGACCUCCAAGAUCCGUUACAGGACGACCCCAAAGAGACCGACAACUCGACCUCAUCGGACAAGGAGACCGCUAACAACGAGAAUGAGGAACAGAACUCCGGCACCAAACGGCGCGGCCCGCGCACUACCAUCAAGGCCAAGCAGCUGGAGACGCUCAAGGCGGCCUUCGCAGCCACGCCCAAGCCCACGCGCCACAUCCGCGAACAGCUGGCACAAGAGACGGGCCUCAACAUGAGGGUCAUUCAGGUGUGGUUUCAGAACCGAAGGUCCAAAGAACGCCGCAUGAAACAGCUGAGCGCUCUGGGCGCCCGGAGACACGCCUUCUUCCGGAGUCCGCGGCGCAUGCGUCCCCUGGGCGGCCGCUUGGACGAGUCUGAGAUGUUGGGGUCUACCCCAUAUACUUAUUACGGAGACUACCAAAGCGACUACUACGCUCCGGGAGGCAACUACGAUUUCUUCGCGCACGGCCCGCCGUCGCAGGCACAGUCUCCGGCCGACUCAAGCUUCUUGGCAGCAUCGGGACCUGGCUCGACGCCGCUUGGCGCGCUGGAACCACCGCUGGCUGGGCCUCACGGCGCGGACAACCCUAGGUUCACCGACAUGAUCUCGCACCCGGACACGCCGAGCCCGGAGCCAGGCUUGCCAGGAGCGCUGCACCCCAUGCCGGGAGAGGUGUUCAGCGGCGGGCCCAGCCCGCCCUUCCCCAUGAGCGGCACCAGCGGCUACAGCGGACCCCUGUCGCACCCCAAUCCUGAGCUCAACGAAGCGGCCGUAUGGUAAGGCCGAGGGGCCGAGUUGUCCCCUGCCACCAAGCCCCGGACGCCGCCUGGGUAAGCCACAAGAGUCCUCUCUUGAGUUCGCACCCACCAGGCAACUCGCAUCACCACCCCUCAGAGCUUCGGCACGCGCCUGCACAAUUUCUCGGGACCAAAGUCAAUAUUCUGGAGGGUCGAGAUUCCAAGCACACCCUAGAAGCCCUCCGGACCCCCCCACCCAACCAUCACCUCUUUGAACUAAGAGGGGGAGGGGAUGAGACAAGGAACGGAGAUCGUGGUACUACCCCUCCCUGCGAGCCGAGGCAUUGUGAAAUCCUAUUUCUCGCUUUCUCUUUUUAAAAAGGAAGGAAGGAAGGAAGGAAAGAAGAAAGAGAGAGGUUGAAAGGGGAGGAGAGAGAGAGAGAGAAAGAGAGAGAUGAGGAAAGCCUCAGCCAGAGAAGAAAAAUGAGGAGGACCGCUGGUGAACGGUGGCUUUGCUGGAAGACAAAUCCACCUGCGAGUUGGCGCCCCCUGGUGGCUCAAGGCCAGCUUGUCUAGGAAGCUGCGCGGUCAGGGACAGGCCUUCAGAUCCCAACUCCCUGCUCCUUCAUACUUUUGAGUCUGAGGGCCCUGGCAGGAUUCGAACCCUCCCACUCUGCUCUGACCCUGAGCCGGGCGCUAAGUCAUUGGGCAUCUGCCCACGGAUCACUCUCCCUGCCCGGGGCCUGGAGGCUGAGCCAUCAGGACGAACAGUAUUAUACUUUUUUGGAAGUCGGACGCUUCUAGUUUCCUUAUUUUGUAUAAAGAAGAAACAAAUAAAGUAUGUUUUUGUGUCUACUGUU